AUGUAUAUGACAAAGGGACAUAACCAGGCUGGUUGUCGACAGGUAGCAAUGAAGCUCAACGUCCUGCGAGGAGUAGGAAUCACGUUUGGAGCCGUUAUUCCACUCAUCAUGUAUAUUGUUUAUAUGAAACAGGCAGUGAGUUCCACUUCCAAUACAAAAAGGCUUCAUCAAAAAGAGACUGCUAAGACUGUGCUGAUGACGAGACUGGAGAGAAUUGAAAAUAACCUCAACAAAUUAUCCGAAUUAAUAGAAUCUAAAUAUCAGAAAGACCCCCCAACAAGGGAAGAAGUUGUGGUAACAGAGGCAAAGAAGAUGGUGGUGCCCCAGUUGUAUCCCAACUCCUACCUGUUUACAAAGUGGGGUGAUGACCUCUCAGAGGAGGAGCAGAGAGAGGCCGAGGCCCUGUUCCAGAGAUAUGGAUACAACGUCUUCUUGAGUGACCAACUGCCACUCAACAGAGAGCUGCCAGAUACACGAGACAACAGAUGUUUGCAGAAGAAAUACCCCAAGGACCUUCCUAGUAUUGCUGUGGUAUUGAUCUACCUGGACGAGGCCCUGUCUAUCAUUAAACGGGCAAUCCGCAGCAUCAUCGACCGAACCCCUGAACACCUGCUGAGAGAAAUUAUUCUGGUGGACGACCACAGCUCCAAUGAAGACCUGGGAGAAAAGCUAGCUGCCUACAUAGAGCUCAUCCACAAGGAAAGGCCAGGCCUUAUAAAAAGGGUGAGACACAAGCAGCAGAUGGGACUGACUCAAGCCCGCAUCUCAGGGUGGGAGCACGCCACCGCCGAUACAGUGGCCAUUCUGGAUGCCCACAUUGAAGUCAAUGUGGGGUGGGCAGAGCCACUGCUGGCCAGGAUCAAAGCAGACAGGACCACUGUGGUGACUCCGGUGUUUGACAAGGUCGGUUUUGAUGACCUGCAGGUGGAGCAUUACGGGGCCAAUGCACACGGUUUUGACUGGCCCCUGUGGUGCAUGUACGAGUCCUUCAGACCAGAGUGGAACGAGCUCCAUGAUGAAUCACAACCAGGGAAGAGUCCUUCUGUCAUGGGUAUUUUUGUGGCACAUCGACUUUUCCUUGGAGAGAUUGGGGUACUUGAUGGUGGAAUGAAAAUCUAUGGAGGAGAGAAUGUUGAGCUGGGGAUCAGGGUGUGGCUGUGUGGAGGAAGCAUAGAGGUAGUGCCUUGUUCUAAGAUCGCACACAUUGAGAGGGCACACAAACCGUACGCACCUGACCUGAGUUACAUCAUGAGAAGGAAUGCACUGAGGGUAGCUGCGAUCUGGAUGGAUGACUACAAAAGUAAUGUGAACAUUGCUUGGAAUCUUCCGUUGAAGGAUCAUGGGAUUGAUAUCGGCGAUGUGUCACAGAGGAAGAAGCUCAGAGAAAAGCUUGAAUGUAAGCCCUUCAAGUGGUACCUGGAUAACGUGUAUCCUACACUGGCCACCUGGGAGGAGCUAGUGGCCUAUGGAGGACUGCAGAAUGACCUCCUGCAGAGCCAUUGUAUUGAUGAGGGGACUGUCCCUGGGAAUAUACCCCUUCUUUAUGGAUGUCAUUUCUAUCAACCACAGCAAUGUUAUUACAACACUGAUGGGGAGAUCUACGUGGGUGGGAUUAAGUCUCACAAGUACAACAACAACCGGUGUCUAGUGGAUCCUGGCACUGGAAAUAUACCAACGCUGCAUGAUUGUAAACUGGCAACAGAGAGAGGACUACACAAGCACUGGGACUUCCAACAGGGUCAAGCCAUCAGGAACACACACACAAAUAGGUGUCUUGAGAUUGGCCAGGGACAAAACUCAUACUAUAUGCUGGUCAUCCAACAAUGCACUGGGCAAAACUGGAGAAUUCAACAUGUCAUAAGAGAGUUCUAAAACAAACCCAUGGACAAGUUGUUGGGGUCACAUUCCUGAAAUUCUAGAUUUGACAUUUGUGUUAUCUAUCAUAACUGUUUCAAACAAUAUCUUGCCAAAAUAAAAUCCAAAAUUGAUUUUAUGCAGGGUAUUGACAACAAACAUCCAAUGUAGACAAUUGCAUUAUUCUCUUUCUCUGAAAAACAUGACACAGACAGAAUAAAAGAUUGCAUUGUAAAAUAAUCUUGUUGAUGGUGGUUCUGAUUAUCAGCUUUUAGCUACCAAUGUGUACAUAAUAACCUAACAUGUACCAUGCACUGUAUAUUGAAUGAAUACACACAAACAUAUUUUUGGGGGUCUUAGCAUUGCUUUCUUGUCAGUGUUGCACAUGUUUUGUCAUUCAUAAAAUACAGUGGCUAACAAAAGUAUUCUCCCCCUUGGCAUUUUUCCUAUUUUGUUGCCUUACAACCUGGAAGUCAAAUGGAU